UCUGCUGACCGUGUGGACGGCGACUUCGGCCUGCCCCCUCUGCAGAAUAGAGGGGAGGCGGCAAGGCCUGUGCCCUCCUGGGGGCUCCGCCAGAGUGCAGUCGACACUGCCCAUGGUGAUGCCCCUCGGCCCUGAGCACCACUGCUGCCUCUGCUCUCCAGGUGGGAAGAAGCUGUCCGGGUCGCCUGGGCCAGCCCCACGAUGACAGAGCCCUACGUGAAGCGGCUCUGUGCUGUCCUGCUGGACGCCGUCGCCGACAAGGACCCGCUGGUGCAGGAGCAGGUCUGCGGGGCGCUGCACGCGCUCGGGGUGGCGCGACCGGAGGACACGCUCACCGCCUGCGAGGGCUACCUGCGGCAGCACGAGAAGCUGGCGCCGCCCUGCCGGGCCAGGAUCCUGCAGGCCAUGGAGACGGUACUGGGCAGCCACCUGGGCGAGCUGGACAAGGACACGGCCAGGGCGCUCGUCCUCCUGGCUGCCCACGAGAUGACGCUGGUGAAGGAGUCGGUGUGUGACUGGCAGCAGGCCGCCAGCAGCGUGCUCGUGGCUGUGGGAAGGCGCUUUGUCAGCCUGGUGAUGGAGGAGCUGCUGACCCGGUUCCAACCUGGGGCCCUCCCGCACUGCUUCGUGGUGCGGACGCUGGCCGACCUCGCGGUCCCCUCACCUCCCGCAGUGUUCGGCACGGUGCCCUUCCUGUCGUCCAUCCUGAGCACGAUGCUGCCCAUGCUGGGCUGGGCCAAGCGCGACUGCACGCGCGUGGUCUUCUGCUACGCUCUGCAGCGCUUCAGCGAGAGCGCUCUGGAGUACCUGGCCAGCCCGGACCAGGCCCCGGACCCCACCAUCAGGAGGGACAGCUUCGCCGCCGACAUCCUCGGUGCCUACGAAGUCCUUUUCCACCACUGGUUACAGAGUCGCGAGGCCAAGCUCCGGCUGGCCGUGGUGCAGGCCCUGGGGCCUAUGAGCCAGCUGCUGCCCGCUGAGAAGCUGGAGGAGCAACUGCCCAGGCUGCUGCCCGGUGUCCUGGCCCUCUACAAGAAGCAUGCCGAGGCCUUCCCUGUGUCCCAGAGCCUGGGCCAGAUCCUGGAGGCGGCCGUGAGUGUGGGCAGCCGCACACUGGAGGUCCAGCUCGACACCCUCCUGGCGGUCCUGCACGCCCAGAUCUGCGUGCCCGUCGAGUCGUCGAGCCCCUUGGUGCUGAGCAACCAGAGGGAGGUGCUGCGCUGCCUGACGGUGCUGGCUUGCUGCUCGCCCGACCGCCUGCUGGCCUUCCUGCUGCCCAAGCUGGACAGCAGCAACGAGAGGACCCGAGUGGGCAGCCUGCAGAUCCUGAGACACGUCAUCAACUCGGCCCCUGCGCGCAUGGAGGCCAAGAAGCCCUUCAUCCUCUCCGCCCUGAGGCUGCCUCUCCUGGACACCAGCAGCAAGGUGAAGCGGGCAGUGGUCCAGGUGAUCAGUGCCAUGGCCCACCACGGCUACCUGGAGCAGCCGGGGGGCGAGGUGAUGGUGGAGUUCAUCGUGCAGCAGUGCGCACUGCCCGCGCCGCCGGAGCCGGGGGCGCAGGACAGCGAGGCCCUGGCUGAGGACAGCGUGCGGUCCAUCAGUGUUAGCACCCUUUACCUGGUCAGCAGCACGGUGGACAGGAUGAGCGACGUGCUCUGGCCGUACCUGCUCGAGUUCCUCAUGCCCGUGCGCUUCACCGGGGCCCUGACGCCGCUCUGCCGCAGCCUCUUGCACCUGGCGCAGAAGCGGCAGCAGGCGCGGCCCGAUGGCUGCCUGGUCCAGUACGGCGCGCGCGCCGCCCUGCCGUCUCCGUUCGCCAUCGCCGCCCGGCUUCUGACCGUCUCCUGUGACCCCUACGCGGGGGACGGCCGCGGGCAGGCCUCGCUGCGCCUCCUGCAGGUUCUGCACGGGAACGUCCACCCCCUGCUGGGGCCGUGCUGGGAGGCUGCCAUCCCCCUGCUGCUGGCGCACCUGGACGAGCACACGGAGGCGUCCCUGGCGCAGGAGGAGUGGGAGGAGAAGCUGCUGACGUUCCUCCAGGACACCCUGGCCGCGGUGUCUGACAACACGUGGACCUGCCAGCUGAGCCUGGAGAUGUGCAAGCAGCUGCCUAGCUACGACGGGGCACCCCGGGAGAAGAGCUUCCUGUACAGAUGCAUAGGGACCGCGCUGGGCGCCGCCUCGGACAGGGAGGUGGUGAGGAAGCACCUGCAGGAGCUGCUGGAGACCGCCAGACACCUGGAGGGGCAGGAGCGCGAGGGUCUCGCCUGCUGCUUCGGGAUUUGUGCCAUCUCCCACCUGGACGACACACUGGCCCAGCUGGAGGAAUGUGUGAGGUCGGAGGUGUUCAGAAAGUCCGUGGGCAUCUUCAGCCUAUUCAAGGAGCGGAGCGAGGCGGAGGCGGAGCGCGUGAGGUGCGCCCUGAUCCUGUGCUAUGGCCAGGUGGCCGCGCAGGCGCCCCAGGAGCUGGUGCUGGCCCGGGUGGAGGCCGACAUCCUCAGGAACAUGUUCUUGUGCUUCCACACCAAGGUCCUGGGAGUGAAGGUGGAGAGCAAGGACCCAGCCCUGAAGCUGUGCCUGGUCCGGAGUGUGUGUGCGGCCAGCCGGGCCGUCUCCAGCAGUGCCCACGCGGGCACCUUCCACUUGGCGCAGAAGCCCGAGCUGGUGGCGCAGAUGCUGGAGUUCAUCAAGGCCGAGCCCCCGGACUCCCUGCGGACACCGAUCUGCAUGAAGGCCAUGCUCACCUGCACCCACCUGGUCCCGCUGGAGCCCGCGCUGGAGGAGCAGCUGCAGGCCAGCCUGGCCCAGGGCUGUCUGCACCGCGUCCUGGCUGUGCCGCCCGAGCCCGAGGGCUCAGCCCCUGGGGACCAGGAGGCCCUGUACCUGGACACCAUGCAGGCCCUGGGGGACUUGCUGGCUGGCCUCCUCCACCGGAACCUGACCCCCCAGGGCCUGCAGGUCAUGGUGGAGCACCUGCGCCCCUGGAUCAAGUCCCCGCGGGGCCACGAGCGGGCGCGGGCCCUGGGCCUGAGCGCCCGCCUGCUGCGGCACUUCCUGGAGCACCUGCACGUCAGCGCCCUGGUGCCCUUCCACAACCUGGGCCUCCUCGUCGGCCUCUUCUCCCCCCGGUGCGCGGACCUGUGGCCGGCCACCCGCCAGGAGGCGGUCAGCUGUGUCCACUCGCUCCUGUACGUCCAGCUGGGCUAUGAAGGCUUCUCCAGGGACCACCGGGAUGAGGUGGCUGAGCGGCUGCUGACCCUCAGAGAGGGCCUGGUGCAUCCUGACCCCACCAUCCUCUUCCACACCUGCCACAGUGUGGCCCAGAUUGUCGCCAAGCGCCUCCCGCCAGACCAGCUCAUCAGCCUCUUGCUGACCUUGUUCGAGGGCUUGGGUGACCCGGACUCGAACUGCUCCCGAGCAGCCUCGGUCAUGAUCAGCUGUCUGCUGAAGGAGCGCGGCCACCUGCUGCUGGAGAAGGUGCCCGAGAUGGUGAGUGUGUUGCGCUGCCGGCUGCAGGAGACCCCGGCCGGGCACGUCCUGCAGGCCGCCCGGCACAGCAUCUACCUCCUGGCAACCCAGCACCACGCAGCCGUGGUGUCCAGCCUCCUGGGCAGCCCCCUGCCCUUUGACAGCCACUCCUGCACCCUGUGGCGCGCCCUGGCUGUGGAGCCCAGCCUGACCGCUCAGGUCCUGGGGCUGCUCCUGGACAAGAUGGGCCGCGACGUCCCCUUCAAGGAGAGCCGGACCUUCCUGCUGAGCAGCUCCCCCGAGCGUGUGGCCACGCUGCUGCCCCUUGCGGCCACGUGUGCGCUGCGGGAGCUGGCGGGGGUCCCCGAGGCGGGCCCCGCCGUGCUGGAACUCUACCCCCGGCUCUUUGCCGCGCUGCUGCUGCGGGUCGGCUGCACCCUGGAUGUCCGGCUGCCCCGAGGCCUGCAGGCCAAGGAGAAGAGGAGCCCCAGCUCGCCAAGCCUGGAACCCUGCAGCUCCGCGGCGGCCGCGCUGCAGGCGGUGCUGCUCCGGGGCGGCAGUGAGGAUGUGGUGCAGAGCGUGGAGCUGGAGGGCGGCUGGGAGCUGCUGCGGACCUCUGCUGGCCAUGAGGAGGGCGUGGCCCUGCUGGCCAGUGCCAUGGCCAAACUCGCGGGCCCCCGACUGCCCCCCGCGGUCCGGGUGCUGCUGAGCGCGCAGAGCAGCGUGUACGAGGCCCAGAGGGUCACCGCCACGGCUUUCCUGGCAGAGCUGCUCAGCAGCAAGGUGGUCGAUGACCUGAUGCUGCUGGACUCGCUGCUGGACGCCCUGGUGGCCCGGCAGAAGGACACGAGCGCCAGCGUGCGCCGGCUGGCUCUGCGUGGUCUGGCCAACGUGGCCUCUGGCUCUCGGGAGCAGGUGCAGGCCCACAGCCCGCAGCUGCUGACGGCCAUGAUCGCGGGGCUGGACGAUGGGGACGACCCGCACAGCCUGGUGGCCCUGGAGGCCAUGGCGGGCCUGGCCAGGCUGCUGGACCUGCUGGACCCCUGGGAGCUGCGCUCAGUGCUGCUGCACGUGGCCAUCCGCGUCCGGCCCUUCUUCGACAGCGAGAAGAUGGAGUUCCGAGCGGCGUCCGUUCAGCUCUUUGGGCGCCUGAACGAGGCC